AUGACUUCAAACAUUGAUGAAUCUCUAAAUGCAGCAAACUUGGCAGUUAGAGAGCUACCAAUCACAACACUGAUGGAGUCAUUGAGAGCAUUGAUACAACAAUGGACAUACACUAACAGGAAAAAAACACAAAAAACAACAACAUUUUUAACACCUACAACAGAGAAGAAAUUAGUCGACAACUUUGUGGACUCAUUGACAGAAAAUGUAAAACCAAUAAACGAGACCAUGUUCGAAGUCGUUGAACUAAGCAGAUCAUGGGUCAUCAACCUCAAGGAGAAAACAUACAGUUGCAACAGAUUCCAACUUGACGAGUUACCGUGUGCUCAUGCGCUUGCUGUUAUAAAAGAGAUGAACUUGAAUGUUUACAACUACUGUUCAGGUUGA